UUCUUCUUCUUUCAAAUUUAUUUAUAUAUCUAAACCAAUUAUGUGUUCGUAGGUACAUACAGCUUCCCCAUCUCUAAAUUUCCCUUAUUCAUGGAAGUCGAACCGACGCCGCAACCGGGACGUCUGAACCGGCUGAACUCCGCCGUUGCCGAAACCUGGAUCGGAAAGCGCUUCAAAUUAACCGAAAGGAAUUCCAACUUCACCACCGAGCUCCGAGCCGGCACUGCCACCUUCUUAACCAUGGCCUAUAUCUUAGCCGUCAACGCCUCCAUCCUUGCUGACUCCGGCGCCACCUGUUCCCAAUCCGACUGUGUCCCUCUCUGUUCCGACCCUUCAAUUUCAAUCUCCAACUGUACCGGGUUGGAUCUCCGGGUUAUACAACCCGACGAGUCCUGCAAGUUCGACCCUGUCAAUCCCGGCUACGCCGGUUGCCUCGAUCGGGUCCGUAGAGACUUGAUUGUAGCGACGAUUGUUUCGUCGCUCAUCGGUUCUGUUAUAAUGGGCGUUUUUGCGAACCUUCCUCUCGCUCUAGCGCCAGGAAUGGGGACUAAUGCUUAUUUCGCUUACACCGUCGUCGGAUUUCAUGGCUCCGGUAAUAUAUCCUACCGGAGCGCCUUAGCCGCCGUUUUAAUGGAAGGGUUAAUUUUUUUACUAAUUUCCGCAAUUGGGCUUCGUGCAAGGUUAGCCAAAUUAAUCCCAAAGCCGGUCCGAAUCAGUUCCUCUGCCGGGAUUGGGCUAUUUUUAGCCUUCAUCGGAUUGCAGGGCAGCCAAGGAGUUGGUCUAAUUGGCUUCAGCCCGUCGACGUUAUUGACAAUCGGAGGCUGCCCGGAAUCUUCCCGGGUGUCGGUGUCGCCGUUGGUGACUUACCUGAACGGAACGGUGGGUCUAAUGGCCGGAGGAAAGGCAUCGGACAAAUUCCUCUGUUUGAACGGGCGAAUGGAAAGCCCAACGAUGUGGCUGGGAAUAGUGGGAUUCGUAAUAAUUGCGUAUUGCUUGGUGAAAAACGUGAAAGGGGCUAUGAUUUACGGGAUCAUAUUCGUGACGGCGGUUUCGUGGAUUCGAAAAACGAGUGUGACGGCGUUUCCCGAAACGCCGUCAGGGGAGGUGGCGUACAACUACUUUAAGAAAGUUGUUGAUAUACACACAUUUAAGAGCACAGCUGGAGCACUUAGCUUUAAGGAUUUGGGGAAGCCUUACUUUUGGGAGGCCGUUGUCACUUUCUUAUAUGUAGAUAUUUUAGAUACCACCGGAACCCUUUAUUCAAUGGCCCGAUUUGCCGGAUUCAUUGAUCAAAAUGGAGAUUUUGAGGGUCAGUAUUAUGCCUUUAUGUCUGAUGCUACGGCCAUUGUCGUCGGCUCCUUGUUGGGAACUUCGCCAGUGACGGUGUUCUGUGAGUCGUCGACGGGGAUAAGGGAGGGCGGCAGGACGGGGCUGACGGCUUUGACGGUGGCGGUUUAUUUCUUUCUGGCGUUUUUCUUUACGCCGUUGUUGGCCUCAAUUCCGGCGUGGGCGGUUGGGCCGCCGUUGAUACUGGUGGGGGUUUUGAUGAUGAAGGCGGUUGUAGAUAUUGAAUGGGAUGAUAUGCUGCAGGCAAUUCCAGCGUUCAUGACGUUGCUUUUGAUGCCGUUAACUUAUUCCAUAGCGUAUGGUUUGAUUGGUGGAAUUGGUACUUACAUGGUGCUGCAUGUAUGGGAUUGGACUUCAGCUGGUUUGAAAAAAUGUGGUCUUUUGAAAUCCAGGAGUGAGGUCAGCGGAUGUAACGGGCAGCUGCUGGCUGAAGAAGGUCCUUUUCGGAAAACCGUACACCCCGAAGUAUAGUAUUAGUAUAUAGUAUUAUUCCAUGGUUGUAAUAACUUUUUUAAUUAAAAUCAUUAACUUUAAUUGAACUUUACAUAUUGA